UCUCUGUUAAGUCUAACUGCUUUAGGGGAAACUAGAAAAGCUGAAAGUGGAAGGUAUUGGGGAGAACUGUAUGACGAGCACCACUCCUUUACCUGGCUCACAUGGUAUCCCCUCCCCCUCUCCUGGACCCUGGGAUCGGAGUCUGUGAAAUCAUCCUCUUUCUUGCAUCAUUCUUGUCCACGUCUCCCCCCAACCCCCACCCCCACAUACCCCUUCCCCAAGCCUGUCACCACAGCCAGCUUGGUGAAACUUGAGCUCUGGGAGGGGUGGGGGAUCUUCCACUCCCCCCCACCAGGGACCUGAUUGACAGGAGAACUGGCCAAUCCUGGUGCUCAGGAGGUGGGUCUGCCUAUUGACCACUGGGUCGGGGAGCCCCAGGCUGACAGCUCAAAAGAGGCCCUGGGUCAGUAAGCUGAGUGGAUCGACCAGGGAGACAACUCUGCAUACCCCACUUUUCAUCGGACAGUUUUUUUGUUUUUGUUUUGGGGUUUUUUGUUGUUGUUUUUGUUUCCAGGGUACGAGAACAGGAGAUACCUGCCUCUCCCUUCUGCAGGGGGUAAGUUUGUAGCCUGUGCCUAGUAGACCCUAUUUUCCCCCUGGCCUGCACCUAGGAUAGCCACAGGGAGAAUGGGGUACCCAGAUGCCUGGCUCCUACUGGUACUGCUAUGGGCACUAGCAGGGGCUCAGAGAGCAGGACCUCGGUGCCCGUCAUGUGGCUUACCCACACUACAACCCCAGGAAGAGAGGGCCCUAGUCCUGGAGCUGGCCAAGCAACAGAUCUUGGAGGGGCUACAACUAACCAGUCGUCCAAGCAUAUCCCAUCCUCCCCACCCUGCAGUCCUGGCCAGAGCCUUAAGGAGACUGCAGUCUAAGAAGGUGGCUCAGAUGAACCAGGUGGAGACCAUCAGCUUUGCGGCAGAAACAGACUCCUUCUCCACUCCAGCCUGUGGAUCCAUCCUCAGCUUCCAUCUCUCCACUCCUUUGCACCUACCUCCAUACCACAUCCGUCUUUGGCUGCACUUGCAGCCCACGCUAGCUGGUACCCCCUCCAUUCAAAUCUUCCAGUGGGGUUUGGAGAGAGAGGUCCAGGGAAACCAAACUCUGCUGGCUGAGCAUCGAAUGACCACUCAAGGAUGGAAUGCUCUGACCCUGCCUUCUCAAGCACUGGAAAGCACUGGCUCUGGUGUUCUGAAAUUCAAGUUGGUCUGCAGGCCUCAUGUAGGCAAUGCCACAGCUGCAAGGCACUUACUUCUGGAUACAGCUGGACACCACCAGCCCUUCCUGGUGAUUAAGACCCAAGCCAGAGCACCUGGGGGGGAUCGGGCCAAGAGGAGGACCCCUACAUGUGAGCCUGGGAGCCUUCUAUGCUGCAAGCGGGACCACUAUGUAGACUUUCAUGAACUGGGCUGGCAAGAUUGGAUCUUGCAGCCUGAGGGGUACCAGCUAAAUUAUUGUAGUGGACAGUGCCCGCCCCACCUGGCUGGCAGCCCAGGCAUUACUGCCUCUUUCCAUUCUGCUGUCUUCAACCUUCUCAAAGCCAAUAGUCCCUGGCCGUCUGGCCCCUCUUGUUGUGUUCCCACAGCCCGUCGGCCACUGUCCCUCCUCUAUCUUGACCAAAAUGGCAAUGUAGUCAAGACUGAUGUACCUGAUAUGGUAGUAGAAGCCUGUGGCUGCAGUUAGCAAGGGGGUUCAAGGGAUUAAGAGCUAGGGAGAGUGUGAAUAGUGUUGGUCCACAGAAGAAGGGGGUCAGCAGGUCAAUGGCUGAGACUGUCUAAUUCCUGACAUCCCCUCCCCAGUUGACCUGGUAGUCUGGCCCCAUGGGCUAACCCUGAUGAGUCUGACCUGGGACUUUAGUGUCCAGUCAGUUUCAGGCUGGUUGGAGAAUGGGGAGAUGGGUAGGGCAUUCCUCUAAAUGGUUCUUGAUAGAAGAAGAUUCCUACCCUAAACACUCCAUAGAAGAGAUGGUUAAGGGGUGGGGAGGGAGGGGUCAGAAAAGUUGCUCAUGCCUUCAGAGAGAGAACUUCCCGGCAAAUAGAGGAAAGGGUAGUUAAUUAGGGCAUGGGAGAGUGUCGUGUAGGGGAGAUAUAUAAUAGGAAAAGGGGUUAGUGAAGUGCUUUGUGGGAACUGCUAAGAGGGAGAUGGGCCCAGGGAAGGAGUCUGGGAGGGACUUAGAGAUAGGAGCUUGGAGAAGCUGAUGAGCCUCAGAGAGGAUCACCCUCUACUUUUGGCAGGGGUGAGGCCCUGCUGGGGAGACAGAGACAUUUUUAUAUUUUCCUAAUAAAAAUGAGAAGAAAAA